AUGGGGUUACUUCAACCUUUAAUAUUGGUCAUAGCAUUGGCCACUGGACACACACAGAUACUACCAAUCACACCAAAUCCAUCCCCAUCAUGCAGUUGCUGUGGACAGGGUCCACAGGGAGUGGCUGGCCCACCAGGCUCCCAGGGUCCUCCAGGAACCCCAGGGAUUCCAGGUAACCCGGGGAUUCCUGGACAACAUGGCACUCCAGGAGAGAAAGGAGAAACUGUGGUGAAACCCCAAACAUCAGGUACGAAGAGAAUUGCCUUUGCUACAAAACUGUCCCAGAACCACCCGCAGACAGGACCACUGUCGCUGGUCAGGUUUGACACCAUUAUUACCAACACAGGGAAUGGCUAUGACAGUAAAACUGGAAUCUUCACCACUGCCACCAACGGUACCUACUUCUUCACCUUCCACGCUGUUACGAACUCAGCCACCAAUUCGGCUACGAUGCAGAUCGUGAAAAAUGGCAUAUUGGUCAUUAAGGGUUAUGGGAACUCGGGACACUGUAACUGCGCUCACGCCACCUUGAGUAACAGCAUCAUACUACAGCUGGUCGCUGGGGAUAAAGUUUGGGUGGAGGCUACUGGAGGGGGGAUUUAUGGAGCCUCCAACGACCCUCACGCUACUUUCAGUGGUUAUCUCAUUUAUGAAAACUGAAAUCAGCUGGUCUAGCAACUCAUUUAAACUUAUUAACAGUGUUAUAAAUGUCUAGAUGAUUCCCAAAUUGUGCUGAACAUGUACGUGCACACACACACACACACACACACCAGUGCAUAUACAUAGGACUAAAAGUAAAUUAGUCUCUAGUUCACUAUAUAUGCUAGAAACAAUAUGUCAGUGUAAGGUAUGGUGACAUAUUUCAAAAUAAAC